GGCCGGUGGGUCGGGCCCAGCCCGCUCUCCCGCAACCCGGUCCCUCCCCAUCAUGUGCCAUCAAACCUGUUGACUUCCGACGAUGACAAUGGGCCGGCCAGAUGAAAUUGGAAACUUACCAGCCCCUCGGACCUCGACCCCUCCCCUCCUUGUGUGUCUUGCAAGACCAGUCGUAAAACCAGCAAUAUCUCCCACCCAACCCCAGUCCACCCGAUCCAUGCCCUGCCCGGUUCGUUCGUGUCUUCCUGUUGCUUCUCAUUGCUAGCCCCCCUCCCGUGAGAGUUGUCCCCAAUGCCGGCUCAUCGUUAUUUCUGAACACCACUGCUGAGUUGGGCCGAGCCGGUUGGGCCUUGCCCUGUCAUCCUGUCCUGUCCUGCUGUGCUGCUUGAUAUUGGGAGGCUGGGUGGCCCCAUAUCCACACUGCGGGUCUGCCUCUCACAGAGACGGACAAUGAAUUGAUUUGAUCAACACGAGAUCUGCACGCUGCGAGUGGCACUCCCCCCGGCGACCACAAAGCACGCACCACAUACACCAUGCCGGGUCCUCAAGCCGGCCCCGUGUCUGCUUGCACGGCGUCGUCACUUGCUACCCGAGCCCAACAGCGUGAAUGCGGUCCGCCGCGGCCGCAUUCCACCCCCAGGACCUUCAUGCUCACGGUUGGCCUGUUGCUGGUCAUGAUGCACGCCGCCCGGGUCUCCGCCUCAGAGACAACCCUCCUCCCGUACAUUCCAACUAAUAUCCUCGUCCCCGGGUCCACAUCCGGGGUCGCAUACGGCCGGGAGACUGGCAACGCCAACAGCACGGCUUAUAUCUUCACCCCCAACGCUGACGGGUCAGUCGACCUCCUCGCUGUGGACAUAUCAUCCUCCCUUGCUGCUUCAUCCGUCAGCGGCAGCGCCGAGACCUUGACACCAGGACUGCCCUUUCUCUCAUCGAGCACCAACACCACCACGUUCACGCCCACCCUCACAUCAGACGGGUCCAUCCUUGCCUACGCUGGCGAUUGCAGUUCGGCCACUGGAUCGUCGGUAUGGGUCUACAAUGCUACCACAUCCCACCAGGCUUCGUGGGUGGAGCACUCCAUCAUCAACAACGGCGCUGCCGCCGGGCCUUACUUCCUCGGAGGUGGUUUCUCCUUCUCACAAACGAUAUCGCCCAGCCUGUCACAGCCUCUGGUAUAUGUAUAUGGCGGCCAAUGCCCCAAUGAGACCCUCGGCGACCAAUGGACAUCAGCUGCCACCUACUCUAACUCCAUGGUCCGCCUGACGGCCUCCCCCAGCCCCUCUUCUGCGCCAGCCUACACCGCGAGCCAGCUGUCCCUCAAGUCCCAGCCCAUCGCCGAAGCAGGCUUCAGCCUGACCUCCCUCCCGCCGGCGACGUCAAACAUCUCCGGCAUCGUCACGCAGAGCAUCAACAGCGUAGUCCUGGGCGGCCACACCCAGACCGCCUUCGUGAACAUGUCGACCGCUGCGGUGUGGAGCCUGCCGGAGGAGACCUGGAGCUUCGUCGCCAUCUCCGGGCCGUCGAGCUCCUCCUCAGGCGAGACUGCGGAGCUCGCCAAGAACGACGGGGCUGUCACCGAGGUGCAGCCUCGGUCGGGCCAUACUGCCGUGCUCAACGAGGCCGGGUCCGCUCUCGUCGUUCUUGGCGGGUGGGUGGGGGACACGAGCCAGGCCGCGCAGCCGCAACUGGCUGUCCUGCAGAUGAGCGGUAGUGAGUUUGGGGAGUGGACGUGGUCUGUGCCUAAUGAACAGCCACUGGCUGACGGGCAAGGUAUUUAUGGCCACGGCGCUGCCUUGUUGCCUGGUAAUGUGAUGAUGGUAUCUGGUGGUUAUGCCAUCUCAUCCGGCUCAUCGGGCUCAGGGCUGGGCAAGCGGGACUCCAUCGGGGUGGCGGGUGGACAACUUCAGAUGUUCUUAAACAUGACAAGCCUUACCUGGAGCGAUUCGUACACGAACCCGAUCUCUGCGUCGGCGCCCUCAGCAGGCGGGACCGCACCGCCGACCUCGCCGUACAAAUUGGGUCUCGGUUUGGGACUGGGACUCGGUGUUCCCGUCCUGCUACUCGUGUUGGCUGUGUGCUUCUUCUGUUGGAGACGAAGGCAGCGCCUUCGCCACCAGGCGCGAGAUGAGCACAUCCGGAAUCUGACCACCGGCACGGCCUUCAUCACCUCUGAUGAGAUGCUCGAACGUGAGAAUGUGUAUCCUUGGGGCCCGCGAACUGCAGCUCGGUGGUACACGGGCGGGCAUGACCCAUAUCUGCGUGACCAAGGGAAUGCAUUUGGGUACGAGAACUUGCGGGCCCCUGAAGGGCCACGGUCAGCUUCCGAUGACCCGAUUGCCGUCGAGUCCCUGGGGGCCUACAGGAGAGACAUCAGGCGCAGGCCAGUACCGAGGGUUGCAAGAGGUCUUUAUCAGCCCACUGGCGUUACCGGAGAUGAUGUUAUGAGCCCAGGUGGCAUCCACCCAAUCUUGGAGGAUGAGGAAGACGAGAUAGCUGCGGCCGAUGCCAUCGCCCCGGAUCGGGAUGAGGAGAACGAUGACGACCCUUUCACCACACCCGUCCCUUCCACACCAACAAAGGCGGGUCCCAGCUUGGCCAGUCCUAUUGUACUUGUGGCGCCCGGCAACAGGACGGCGGGCUCAGGGCCAGCCAGCCCGACGGAGAGCACACCCCGGCCACGGCCUCAGCACCCCGAAGUGCAGGAUUGGAUCAGCGACAUUGACGCAUCUGACGCCCUGAUCACAGCCCGUAUUCAGCCUCACAGCACCACGUUCCGCAACUCGGGCAAGAUUUCUCCAACCAGACGGCCGUCGGUACGCCUGUCGGAGGAUGAGACUGCAGGCGGUGCUCGGACAGACAGCAACUUGUCCGAAUCAAACCGCAGCACCUUCAGCUUCAUAGUGAACCGGUCCGACUCCCUGCGUGUGGCAGGUGCCGGCGCUGGAUCUGGGGCGCUGGCUGUCAGCAAAUCUCGGGGCGAGCAGGAGAGGACGGGCACCUCGCACUCCGACAAGAGCGGCAGUAGCAACAGCAACACCACUCAAGAAAGCUUCACGACGGCCAAGUCAAUCACGGCCCUCCAGUCCGAGGGGCCUGGACUACUUCUGGGCCGGCCGCGGCCGAUCUCAGACAUUGAAGACCUCGGCCACAUGUCAGAUGACGACCCCCUCGCCCCGGGGAGCCCAAGCAAGAGCAAGCCGCCGCGUAGGAGCUGGUUUGGGAGCCUCAAGCGGGUGUUCAGUGCAGGCGCUGGCAGCGGGAGUUCGAAUGGAAGUUCGAGUCGGACAGGUAGCCCGACCCACGGGCGGAGCAGCGACUACGACGUGCUAGGCUUGGGAAACCUCGGGCUGGGUGGCGUUGGGCUGCUACAAAAGCGGAGGCAGGGAAGGUCAGCAUGGGACGAGGCUGGAGCGUCUGCGAGCGGGGGUGGCCAGCGCACUGGCGAGAGCUGGGAGGAAGACGACUGGGACAUCGAGAAAGCGGUGGAGCAGAGGCUGGUGCAGGUGAUGUUCAGCGUCCCGAAGGACAGGUUGCGUGUCGUUAACGCCGACAACGCGGAUCUUGUGUCCUUGGAGGAGUCGGUGAUCCUGGUAGAUCCGGCAAAGGAUGACCCUAUGACACCGGAGACUGCCGCAGCUGGCAGGGAUGAGGAAAAGGUGACAACACAGGAUGACGGUCAUGAGGAAGCCGCAGAAGAUGUCUCGAGCGUGGCCAGCCAGACCGAGGAGACCAGCAGGGCAAGGCGCGAGAAGAUCCAGCAGGGAAAGCAGCCAGAACGACCGCCUUUAUCACUCAAAGUACCUCAACCACCAGGGAGCGAAACCUCAGAGGACUCCAGGCGGAGAAGCAUAUCUCCAGUCUUGAGGACGGCGGAGACAGUGCGCAUCGAGAGGCCCCGGACGCGUGUGCUUGACAUGGUGGAGAGCUUCGAAAGCAGAAGUAAAAGCUCAAGUCCUGAGAGGAGGUCUACCCCUGAUAAGAGGUAUUAAGGCAUGUACGAUGGGGGUCCAGGAUGCGACGUGGCUGUUCCAUUUCCUGUUGAGUUAUCAUUAUGGAGCGAAGGUAUAUAUUUGUAUUCAAGAGCCGCAACAAAGGUGACGAGGAAGAGGCAGGAUUAGCCCUCAGGGGCGAGGCAAGGAUACUGGAGGGAGGGCUGGUUUCGCAGCAACAAAUAGCGAAGGAGUUGGAGUCUAGGCAAGCAUUUCAGACAGGAACGGUCGUUUAGGUUGGAGCACGGCAUCACACCGGCUUCGAGGGCCAUGGAUUUUGAUUCGAACUGACGAGGACGAAGGCAUCGUGCUGAAACAUAACCCAUUAAACGCACAUUGACAAGCGAUUUGUCUGACCAAGUCGACAGCAACGCCUAACAGUGAUGUAUCUACUCCAAUCUUUGAGUUGAUAUACUAAGUGUGACCACACAGAUGGCGUGGUUUGCUGGCGUGACGGUUGCCUUGCGGCAGCCCGUCUCGAUGGAAAACGCCAGCUUACCUUGGAACCUCACCCCGCC